ACGCAUCCGGAACAACAGGGCCGGGUCUGCAUUCCUGGAGUUCUCGCGCUAUCACAGCAUAUAGUUGAGUUUUAGUUCGCUGUUUAUUUGUCGCGUGCUUCAGAAAAUGACGGAGGCUGAGCUGUACUCGGUGUAUAAAGGUGUGCACGUGCCGACGCAUUUACACCCUUCAGAAAGUCUGAAAUACUGCGAGGAGUUCACUUUCCGUCCAGACGACAUCCUGAUCGUCACUUACCCCAAAUCCGGCACAACAUGGAUGCAGGAGGUGGUUCCUCUGAUCGUGAGCGAGGGUGAUCUGACUCCGGUGCUGACGGUGCCAAACUGGGACCGAGUGCCAUGGCUGGAGGAGCACCGGGCGAUCCUGCUCAAUCUGGAGCAGAGACCUUCUCCACGCGUCUUUGCGACUCACUUCCAUCACUACAUGAUGAACGAGUCUUACUUCAAAACAAAGCCCAGGGUUCUUUAUGUCAUGCGUAACCCGAAAGACGUGUUCACGUCCUCAUAUCACUACUAUGGAAUGGCCUCAUACCUGGUGAACCCAGGAACCCAAGACGAGUUCAUGGAGAAGUUCCUCGAUGGAAAAAUCAUGUUCGGGUCCUGGUUUGAUCAUGUCAAAGGCUGGAUUAACGCUGAAGAAAAGGAAUCCAUACUGUAUAUUUUCUACGAGGAGAUGAUCGCUGAUCUGAAAGGAUCUGUGGAGAAAAUUGCCAAGUUUCUUGGUAAAUCUCUGAGUCCAGACGUGACGGAGAAGAUUGCUGACCACUGCGUCUUCAAGAGCAUGAAACAAAACAAAAUGUCCAACUUUUCUUUGGUUCCAGAAGAAUACAUGGACCAGAAGAAAUCUGAGUUCAUGAGGAAAGGAAUUGCUGGUGACUGGAAGAAUCUGUUCACUGAAGCCCAAGAGCAGCGAUUUAAUGCCGUUUACAAAGACAAGAUGAAAGAUGUAAUGUUCAAGUUUAUGUGGGACUGAAAAAAUAAUCGUACUUGCUUUUAAUAAGCACAUUAACCCUGUUAUCACAGACAGGUCUAUAACAGAACAUUUGACCUGUUCAAUGUGUGAUGUUUAUUUUAUAUAACUGUCCCUUUUAUGUAUAUCACCGUUUUUUAUAACAAAAUAAUGUUGAACAAAUGCACUAUAAUUACUAAUGUAAUACUGAGGAGUAAUUACUACCUUAUAUAAUAAUAAAUUUGAUUAUAUUCAUAUAUCAUUUAGAUUAAUUUUUAAGCUUUUGUUGCAUUCAUUUUUAUUUGUAAGUCUAAUACAUGCAUAGUUUAUACACAGUGUUGUUAAUUACUCUAAAAACGUAAUUAUUACUAGAUACUAAUUAUAUCUUCAACAGUGUAAUUAGAACUAAUUACUCUCUCUAGGUAUUGCAUUAUUAAUUGCUAAUCACAUUCUAAAUGCUAUAUCAACCUUGACCAGUUGAGCAAUACAAGGAUAGAUAUGAAACUUCUCUUUUAAUUCGUUAAAAUAAAUAAUAGCUAUACAAUUACUUAAAUUAUUCUCGAACUGACUAAAGUAUUUAAAGGGAGAAAAAACAUUCAUUUUAACAUUAGAUGUUAAAUCCACUAUUGUUUGAUGUAGUAUUGUUCUAUAGUUUAUAUUUAAUGCUGGUUACAUCAGAAGCAACUGUAAUUAAAUUACAUUAAA